UCUAUAUUUUGGUCCCAGAAGGUCUAUAAUUUUUUUUUUACUUUUUUAUGUUCCAUUAUGACAUUCUUGCUACUUCAUGAUUGGCUAAACUGGAACUGGAAUCAGGGAAUUGUUGAAUGUUUUCCUUUGGGUGUAUCAUACAUAGUUCAUUUUUUGUUCUGCAUGUACUCGCAUUAUUUUUCUAUCACUGAUCAGAACAAUACUAACAGCUGGUUAUGAAGAAAUAAAGUCUUGGUCCUAUAAGGAGUUGUCUUUUGCCUGUGGUAUUAGUAUUCGGAGAUAUAUAUAUAUAUAUAUGGAAGGGAUGUUACCUGGGGAUUCCUCACAUCAUUCAACAUCUGAUAGUGGGCCUUCUAGAAGUUCUCAAGAAAAGCAAGAGGAAGUAGGUCGUUGGUAUUUUUCAAGAAAAGAAAUAGAAGAAAAUUGCUCAUCAAGAAUGGAUGGUAUUGACUUAAAGAAAGAUACCUACUUGCGCAAGUCAGACUGUACAUUUUUGCAAGAUUUGGGCAUGAGGCUGAAAGUGCCCCAGGUAACAAUAGCCACAGCAAUAAUCUUUUGUCACCGGUUCUUCAUUCGACAAUCACACGUGAAGAAUGAUAGAAGGACCAUUGCUACUGUGUGCAUGUUUCUUGCUGGGAAAGUUGAAGAGACACCUCGUCCAUUGAAGGAUGUUAUUCUUGUUUCCUAUGAGAUAAUGAACAAAAAAGAUCCUGCUGCAGCCCAGAGGAUUAAACAGAAGGUGUUCUUUAAAUUUAUGGUGCUUUCACCAGUUUAUUUGUGUGCCUCUUUCUGUUGCUCGAGCUGCCAAUUGUCCUCCAUGUCAUGCCUCGUGCUCCCUGACUUGUGCAAUUGUUUUCUGACUGCUCCCAUUUGUCAUUUCAUUUGCAUAAUCUUUCUAAAUCAUUUGCUCUCAUGUUUGUUUAGUUAUAUUUUCAUCCAUUUUGUUAUUCCUCAGAUGCAUACAACUGAUCCUUCUAGUUAUAUAGUGCUGGAACUUUAUGAGCAAAACAGAGUACCCCCUUCUCAAGGUAGUGAAGUAGAAGGAAGUGCUGGUGGUGGCACAUCUCAUCGAGGCCCUUCAAAACAUCCUUCUGGAAGUGAGGAAAAACAAGUUUCAUCACGGUCGGGAGUCGACCAUUCAUCUGCGGAGAAUCAUGGGAUGCCAUCAAAAACUGCACAAAAUCAAAGGAAGGAUGAUGAGAGUGGAGAGUUGGGUAGUGUUAUUACUGAUCAGAGGAUAGAUAUGGAAGCCAAGGAUAUUCAACAUCCUGAGCAUUUUCACCAGGAGGAGAACCCCAGGGAAGUCUCAAAUAAACGAACUGGGGGAGAAGAUCAGGAAAGAACCGGUGGAAGAAAUGUAACUGCUGAAGCAGGUGAGUGGAGAGAUAAGGCUGGCAGUGUUGUUGGGCGAUACUUGGACACUAGAGAAGGGCCAGUUGGCCAGUCUCCCAAAGAAGUUAUUAAAAUCGACAAGGAUAAGGUGAAGGCUGCACUUGAGAAAAGAAGGAAAUCUCGUGGAGAAACAAUGAAGAAAAGGGAUGUCAUGGAUGAAGAUGAUCUUAUUGAGAGAGAACUGGAGGAUGGCAUCAAAUUAGCUGUGGAAGACGAGAAAAUCAAGAGAGAGCAUCAACAGAGCUGUUCUAGGAAUGAGAAUCAAGACCAUGUUAAGGAUCAUGGGGAGAUGGGAGAAGGGAACAACUUUGGUACAAAGGGGCAAUCAUGUAGGGGAUUUGAAACCGAGGGUACUGAAGAAGGAGAAAUGCUGGACGAUGCUUCUCCGAUGAUGAAUAGCCGAAAGAGAAAGGCAGGAAGCCCACCUGACAGACGGUUGGAAGGGAAGAAGCGCCAUGAGUACAUGUCGAGUUACAAUCAUGACACCAUAGAAGAUGGACAAAAGACCGGUCGGGGUAGUUAUGCAGAUAAAGACCAUAAAAGGCAUGAACACGAAAAUCAUUCGUGAAACUGUAAAAAAAUUGUACUUUACUGAUAUGAACAUGCAUGAUCUGUAAGAUCAUUAAAUUAGAUACUGAUUUCUGACCAUGGGUAUUGAUAUUUCUGAACUUUGCAUCCAUAUAUGUACAUAGGAUUAGCUCGAUUUUGGUUGCCUAGAAUGGCACAUAUCUUGGCUGUAACAGAAUGUUAGGAACGAGGGUAUUUCAGUUGCUGUAAUGGCAGGGGGCUUUAUGCGAAGUGAAGAGGCAGUUAAUGAUUUAGUCACAUA